UUCUUAGGUGGUAGUCCGCUGGUCACUCUACAGCUCUUCAGUCGUCUCAAACUUUCCAAGAAGCGUAGUGAAACUGAAAGUGUCAUGAAAAUACUGCAACGUGUGCUGGUCUUAAGAUUCAUUCCAGGAUUCAAAAACUGGAAUCAAAAUAAACUAUCCAAACAUUGUGUUUUACAUUGGAGGACUAGAAGUUAUUGCACAUCCUCAAGUAAUGUGGUUCACAAUGUAGAGUCCAAGUGGCUCAGGCUGUUAUUUAAGAUGGCUGACAGCUCUCCACCACAUGUUGAGGAUUUUCCAUCCCAGAUGAGGAUGACACAAAUACGUGAAAUAAUGAGUAAAGCAGCAAGAAUGAGGAGAACAGACUCAGGGGGUGAUCUUAUGCCAAAUGCUGUUGCCAAAGAAAUCAAACACUUCUACAGUGGAUUGUCAACAAAGGCUGAGAAAUUGGAAUUUUUUUUGGUUCUGGAACGAGAUCUUGGUGUAGACCACAAGGAUGUUGUACAAGUCGCUAACAGCUUGGCAAACUCUCAGGAAAAUGGACUUCCAGCCAUUUUAAAAGCAGAGGAAAAGUUGCGACAAGCUCUCGAACCAGCUCAUACCCAAUUACUGUCCCAGAUCAGUAAGCUACCAGGAGGUGUGAAGGACAUUGUUGACAUGAGAGGUGACUUGUUGGAAGGGCUGAAUGAAGAGAAGGAUCGACUUGCCAGACAGGAACUCCAGGCUCUUAGUUCAUCCAUCAAGAAUCUCUUGGCUCAGUGGUUUGCUGUUGGAUUACUGGAUCUCAGACAGGUCACCUGGGAAUCACCUGGUAGUAUACUAGAAAAGGUGUUGCGUUAUGAGGCAGUGCAUUCAAUGUCUGGCUGGGAAGACCUGAAGCGGCGACUUGCUCCUGACAGGAGAUGUUAUAUUUACACACAUCGCUCCAUGCCUGGUGAACCUGUGGUAGUGUUACACACUGCACUGGAAUAUGAAAUUGCUGAUAAUAUACAGGUUAUCUUGAGUGAACCGGAGGUGGAUCGAGACGCGUGUGAAUAUGAAUUAGAGAAAAGAACCGCAGCAGUGUUUUAUUCUAUCACUUCGACACAAAAAGGACUUAGUGGCGUAGAUCUGGGUAAUUUUCUGAUUAAGCACGUCGUGGAAGAGUUACGGCACGAGUUUCCAAACAUCACGCAAUACUCGACACUGUCCCCUAUCCCUGGCUUCAAACAGUGGCUAAAGCUGCAGCUAUCGCACGCCCUGGAACAGCAGGCAAAUGACGUUCCCCAAACGCUACUUUUGGAAGAUGAACAGGAAAUUAUCCAAGGCAGCCACUCAAAUUCGGAAUUGUCUCCGCUCUCCUUGUUUAAGAACCUUUUAGAAACCAGCGAUUGGCACCUUAACCCAAGUAUAGCUGACUGUCUAAGGAAACCAUUAGUACGCCUCUGUACCAAGUAUUUAUACAAAGAGAAAAGGCGAGGAUUUGUCAUGGAUCCAGUUGGUAAUUUUCACAUCAGGAAUGGUGCGUGGAUGUGGAGGUUAAACUGGUUGGCGGAUGUGAGCGCACGAGGAAUGGAUAAUUCCUUUGGACUGAUGAUGAACUAUAAAUAUGUCCUAGAAGAUGUGGAUAAGAACAAUCAACAGUAUUUACUGAACGGUACUGUUGCUGCAUCGCCACAGUUUCUGGAGCCAUUGCGGGCGUGACAUGGUCAUCUUGACCUUUGAGUGAUUUAGAAGUCCCCCGACUAGACCAUCUUAAAACUUGCAGUGCAUAUAUGGACAUAGUAAUGGAUGGUGCAUGUGGGAACGCUUACAUGUCACUGGAAACAAGCCAGUAUGAAAUAAGGAAAAAACAAGGGAUUGGCCUGCAUUCUGUCAGUUUAGCGUCUUAGAGAUACAGAUGGAAAGAGUUCAGAAACCCUUAUGUUGAAAGUCCUUUCACCACAAGCGCGCAUUCAUGAUUUGGUUUCAUAUAAUAACUAAAUCAUGUUUAAAAGAU